ACCAACAUUUUAAUAAAGCUAGUAAUAUUAUCUGUGCUGUAAGGUGCGCGGGAUGCUAUGUUAACGACAUCGCCGAUGAUAAAUUCAGGCCACAAUGUUGACAUUACUUCUAGCCUCAAGGUUUGGUGCAAGGGGAAAGAAAUAAUAUUAAAACGUCCCCAGGGCAAUGCCAUACAGUGUUAAGCAUGAUCGUGCCGCUGGUCAGCACUGUACGGUUGAUGCUUUAGAAUAUAAUUUACAAACCCCUUUGACAAGCAAAGGGCAGGGUACAUGAAUGGCUGAUGUAGAAUCAACGUGUAUGCAUUCCCCCCACCACCCCUACAAGUUAGCAGCGUCCCCACUGCGCAUGUAGCAAGUGCAGACAACGCUCCUCCAUCUUGAGGGACAGUAUCAUCCACAAAAUAUAUUUUAGUAAAACAAUAACAAUAGUGGCUGGCAGAUGUGGUGAAGGCGCAGGCAGCCACUGGAACACUUGACGGCGGCGCGGUGAGCAGGCAGCGGCGGGCUGGAUCUAUAGACCCAGGCGCCAGCCAGCGCUGCGAAAUCAAGGUACAGCAGUCCCCGGGACCUGAAGCGACAUCUCCGUAAAAUAUAGCAAUUGCACCGACAUGCACGAUUAGCAUUGCAUGGGAGCAGCCACUUUGAGAAUGGUGCUGAUCAAGCCGUUCUUUUUCCUUGUCAUCUUCUUGUUUGAGAUUGAUCAAGAUAUGGGCGGUGAAGCAUCUUCGAAGAAGGCAAAAUUAAAGAAAUUAAAGAAGAAGCAACAUCCCUGCCCAUCAGAAUUGUCGGCAGAAGCUCUUGCCCGGGAGUCUAUUAACUCCUCCAGUAACCUCCUCACCAGAUUGCUUCUCACAUAUGACCCACGGAUACGGCCAUAUUUUAAAGACAUUCCAGUUGAAGUACAAGUAAACAUUUUCAUUAACAGUUUUGGCGCAAUCCACGAAACAACUAUGGACUAUCGAGUGAAUAUAUUCCUCAGACAAAGAUGGAAUGAUCCAAGGCUUAAACUUCCAAAUGAUUUCAACGGUUCAGACACACUGACUGUGGAUCCAACUAUGUUCAAAUGCUUGUGGAAGCCAGAUUUAUUUUUUGCAAAUGAAAAGAGUGCAAAUUUUCACGAUGUGACACAGGAAAACAUCCUACUCUUCAUAUUCCGGAACGGUGAUGUGCUGCUCAGCAUGAGGUUGUCAAUAACACUUUCGUGCCUCCUUGAUUUGACUCUGUUUCCCAUGGAUACGCAACGGUGCAAGAUUCAGCUGGAGAGCUUUGGCUACACCACAGAAGACCUCAAGUUCAAUUGGCAAUCUAAGGACCCUGUACAGAUGGAGAAAAUUGCAUUACCACAAUUUGAUGUUAAAGAGGAAGACAUUGAGUAUGGAAACUGCACUAAGUAUUAUUCGGGCACUGGGUAUUACACAUGUGUGGAAGUGAUUUUCACAUUAAGAAGACAGGUUGGAUAUUACAUGAUGGGUGUUUACGCUCCUACUCUUUUGAUUGUUGUCCUUUCAUGGCUCUCAUUUUGGAUCAACCCUGAUGCGAGUGCUGCAAGAGUGCCUUUAGGCAUCUUCUCAGUCCUCAACUUGUCAUCUGAGUGUAUGUCUCUUGCAGCUGAACUGCCCAAGGUCUCUUAUGUGAAAGCCAUGGAUAUCUGGCUGAUUGCGUGCCUCCUGUUUGGAUUUGCAUCUCUUGUGGAAUAUGCAGUUGUGCAGGUUAUGUUGAACAGCCCCAAAAAAAUUGAAGCUGAAAGAGCUCGAAUCCAAAAGAAGCUGAAGGCAAAGGAGCAGGCUAUUGCCUCUGAAGGAAAAGGAGGUGGAAACUGGGUUAAACCUUCCUCUCAGAAUACCGUUAAUGGUACAGAUACUCCCGUUCAUAUUAGCACUUUACAGGUCGCCGAAACAAGGUGCAAAAAGGUUUGCACUUCGAAAUCUGACCUGAGAUCCAAUGACUUCAGCAUUGUUGGAAGCUUGCCCCGUGACUUUGAAUUGUCUAACUAUGACUGCUAUGGAAAACCUAUUCAGGUUAACAACGGCCUUGGGAAGCUUCAGUUAAAGAAUAAUAAGAAGCCUCCACCUCCAAAACCUGUCAUCCCAACUGAAGCGAAGCGGGUCGACCUCUAUGCAAGAGCUUUGUUUCCAUUCUGUUUCCUCUUUUUUAAUGUUAUAUACUGGUCUGCAUAUCUAUGAACAUUCCAUCAUAAUUUUCAUCGCAUGAGAAAUAUCGGAUAACAUUGACUAAUUUCUCAGAAACUCUCAAGUACAAUUUUAGUUUCAUUCUAAAUGUUGGUGAUUAAAUAUUGAUUUGCAACCAGAUGAAUUUAUGUUAUAUUUGAAUGAAAGCAUGAAAUUGCAAUGCAUAUAUACUAACCAAACAAUGCUGUAUGUUGCUGUACAGCACCCAAGCUGCUUUGAAGUUCAUAAAUGAAUGAACUACAUUGUACUCUUCCUCCUAUUCUAAGAAAAACAUGUUUAUGAUAUUGUGAUAGACUAUCUAAGCUGUGUUGCAAAUCUAACAAUACUUUUAUAUAGAUUAUAUAUUAUAUAUAUACAAGCACGCUUAAUGUUUCUAAAAUAUUAAUUUUUGUGUGUAAUAUUGAAAAUUUGACAUCCUUCAAGUUGUAAAUGCAGUUUGCUUUGUCUUGAAAUCAUGUCCCCAGAAUAAAUCCCUCGGUUUUUAAUCAGAAGUGGGUUGUAGUGCAUUACCAUUUGUAAAUGAGAAAAAUCAAGUAUAAACUUCAUUUGAUGUUUAAAUCAACAAAUAUAUUGAGAUUCUGUAUUGCUAAAAUAAAUAUAAAAUGUAUAUCAGUAAUGGCUUUUGUUUUAACAAUGAAUAAUAUAAAUACAUUUAUAUCAUAUAUA